CAUUUGACAGUUCAUCACACGGUAUAAAUAUCGUCGUGUGUCCUUGGAAAUUUACACACGAAAAGUUAGUUAAGAAAAAAAAAAUGGAGAAACAGAACAUUAUCACAAACACUUCUUCUUCUUGGAUUCGUGGUUCUUGUAUUGGACGAGGUUGUUUUGGUUCCGUUAGCAAAGCUUUGAGUAAAAUCGACGGUGGAGUUUUCGCCGUGAAGUCUAUAGAUCUCGCCACGUGUCUUCCUUCUCAAGCCGAGUCGUUAGAGAAUGAAAUCGUUAUUCUCCGGUCGAUGAAGUCUCAUCCAUACAUAGUGAGGUUUCUCGGUGAUGACGUGUCUAAAGAAGGAACGACGUCGUUUCGUAAUCUUCAUUUAGAGUAUUCACCGGAAGGUGACGUGGCAAACGGUGGAAUUGUUAACGAAACGCUUCUCCGGCGUUACGUGUGGUGUCUUGUCUCUGCUUUGAGUCACGUUCAUGCUAACGGAAUUGUUCACUGCGACGUUAAAUCUAAGAACGUUCUUGUGUUUAACGGUAGUAGCUCCGUUAAGCUGGCGGAUUUUGGAUCGGCGGUUGUGUUUGAGAAAUCGACGGUUCAGGUUUCGCCACGUGGAAGUCCGCUUUGGAUGGCUCCGGAGGUGAUUAGACGUGAGUACCAAGGACCGGAGAGUGACGUGUGGUCUUUAGGAUGUACGGUCAUAGAGAUGCUCACCGGAAAACCAGGCUGGGAAGAUCACGGUUUCGACUCGCUGAGUCGGAUCGGGUUUUCUAACGAGUUGCCUUUUAUUCCGGCGGGGUUAUCGGAACUCGGGAGAGAUUUUUUAGAGAAAUGCUUGAAACGUGAUCGGAGUCAGCGGUGGAGUUGUGAUCAGCUUUUGCAGCAUCCGUUUCUGUUUCAAGAUCAUCAUGACUCGUUCUUGACCGAGUCGUCUCCGCGUUGCGUUCUUGACUGGGUCAACUCGGAGUUCGACGAAGAAGAAGAGAGCAACGAGUGGAGACCAGAAUCUUUGGUUUCAGCAAUGGCAAGGAUAAGUAAAUUAGCGAUGACUGAAGGGGCAAAUUGGGAAUCUAAUGGUUGGACUGAGGUUAGAGACACUUACGAAGAGUCAUGGGUAAUAAAGGAAGUUCCUGUUUCAACAAGGGUAGAAUUGGGAUUUAACACAUCAUCGGAGUCGUCGAGCGAUGAUUUCGUAAGACAGCCGGAAAAUGAAGAGUCGGCGACGGAUUUGGCGUCGGCAAUGACGUGUGAAGUAAUUGUAUUGGUGGUAGAGAAUAUUCAGAUAUAUGCCACGUUUUACACCAGUAGUAUUAUUAUUCGUAUUCUAUAUUGUUAUUGUUAUUGUUGUUGUUGUUAUCAUUAUCAUUAUCAUUAUCAUUAUCAAAAUAAUAAUAAGAAGAAUAAAUUUGCGAAAUCUACAUCUUUCAUUCUCAGCCUUAACUUUUUGUUUGGUAUUGCAUGUGAUUCGGAUCGGUCUUUCUAUCAUCAUAAAAACUCUUUUACGUGAGUGUCCUUAACUCUC